GAACAGACAGAACAGACGCAAGACACGCACGCACUUGACGUAAAGAUGGCGGCUGCUAGAGUUGUCAAGAAAUUAUACGGAAUCGGACUUCACGCAAUUGGUCAAAAUACUUCGUUAAAAGCUACCAAGUUUCUCCAGCAAAGAGCAUUUCGCGUAAAUGGAGCUCUUCGCCAGCAGCCGUUUGAUUCUUCAGCAGAGAAGCCGCAGUUUCCCGGGGCCUCGGCGGAGUUCAUUGAUCACCUGGAAUUUAUCCAGCCAAAUGUGAUCUCAGGAAUCCCUGUGUAUAGGGUGAUGGACAGACAGGGCCAGAUCAUCAACCCGUCUGAAGAUCCUAAGCUUUCAAAAGAGAUGGUUUUAAAUUUCUAUCAGAAGAUGACAUUACUCAACACAAUGGAUCGUAUUCUUUAUGAGUCUCAGAGGCAGGGCCGCAUCUCUUUCUACAUGACCAAUUAUGGUGAGGAGGGCACACACAUUGGAAGCGCUGCGGCUCUUGAACCUACUGAUUUGGUCUUUGGCCAAUACCGAGAAGCUGGUGUAUUGAUGUACAGAGGCUUCCCUCUGGAUCUGUUUAUGGCACAGUGCUAUGCCAACGCUGAUGACCUUGGCAAGGGCAGACAAAUGCCAGUGCACUAUGGCUGCAAAGAUCUCAAUUUUGUAACAAUCUCCUCCCCACUUGCCACUCAGCUCCCCCAAGCGGCCGGAGCGGCGUACGCAGUGAAGAGGGAGAACUCAAACCGUGUGGUGGUCUGUUACUUUGGAGAGGGGGCCGCCAGCGAGGGAGACGCACAUGCUGGAUUUAAUUUUUCCGCCACACUUGAGUGUCCUGUCAUAUUCUUCUGCCGCAACAAUGGUUACGCUAUCUCCACACCGACCAAUGAGCAGUACAGAGGAGAUGGUAUUGCUGCUCGAGGUCCAGGAUACGGACUGAUGUCGAUACGUGUAGACGGAAAUGAUGUUUUUGCAGUGUACAAUGCCACGAAGGAGGCACGACGUAGAGCGGUGGCUGAAAACCAGCCCUUCCUCAUUGAAGCCAUGACCUACAGGAUCGGUCAUCACAGCACCAGUGACGACAGCUCUGCAUACCGCUCAGUCGACGAGGUGAACUACUGGGACAAGCAGGACCACCCCAUCUCUCGCCUGCGACACUACAUGAACGCCCGACACUGGUGGGGCGAGGACGAGGAGAAGGCCUGGAGGAAGCAGUCCCGAAAACUCGUCAUGGAGGCCUUCGAAAGAGCCGAGAGACGUCUGAAACCCAAUCCCGAGCUGCUGUUCACGGAUGUCUACGAUGAGCUGAUUCCUCCAAUAGCCAAGCAGAGAGUUGCCAUGUGGCAGCAUAUCCAGCAGUAUAAAGAGCAUUACCCACUCGAUCUCUACGAAAAAUAAUCCAUGAGCCAUGAGUGGACACAACUGGGAACCAUCUUGCACGUGUCAGUUUGUCUGAAUAGGGUUUUUUCUCCGUUUCUAUGGUUUUGUUGCAUUAAAAACACAAAUAGUGAAAGAUGUAUUGCUAUCUUCAACAUUUGCCACUAGAGGCCUCUGUACUGUCAUUUUGUGCCUUGGAAAGCCAUGUAAAAGAAGGAAUGUUCAGAAAAGAACAGCCCAUGAAUACAGUAUCAGUACAUUUUUCUUAUCUCAUCAACAUCAAGUGUUCUUCAUGAAGUAUCUUUAGAAUAUGGGUUUUCAAAUCACUGUAAAUGUUCAGCAUUUGUUUCUUAUUUUUCCACAAACCACACUAAUAUUUAUUAAUGGUGAUGUUAGUGUGACACAUGCUUUGUGAAAGGCUCAUUUUUUAAAUAUACAAUAUACAGUUACUGUAAUGAUCUGGUUUGUGUCCUGUUCAUUUCUCCCCACAGAUGAUGAUGAUGAUGAUGAUGAUGAUGCUGUUGCUAAUGACAUUGAGCUGCGAUUCUUUUGUUUAAUAAUGAACUGAACAAACUUACUGUGUGAGACUGAUCUCACUGUUACAAGACAUGAGGAUUGUUGUGUUGUGCAAGAUGUAUUCCGAUUGGCUUUAGAGGUUUGUAAAUUAUAUUUUAAACGAUAGAAAUCCUCACAAAAAUGCAAUCACUGAUAUAGUGAAGUGCUUACUGUACGUAGCCUAUAAGAGAAUGUUGUAUUGCCUUGAGGCCUGUUUUAUGGAGAGCACGGUGGGUUUAAGUACGUAAUAACUGCUGGAGAUUGAAGUGUUAUGCGGACUAAUAAUGUUCAUUGUGUUGUGAAGAGUUCAUUAUGAAUGAGGGCUGAACAAACUGGUAACUUUAGUCCAGAGGAAUGAUUUGAAUGCAAAGUAAACUGGAGGUCAAUGAAAGACUUCUUUAAGUAUUAAGCACCACUACUGUUUUCAACGAUGAUAAGAAUUAUUAUAUUUUUGAUCACCAAAUCGGCAUGUUAGUAUGAUUUCUGAAGGAUCAUGUGACACGGAAGACUUGCGUAAUAAAUAAAUUUUACCAUUCCAGAAUGAUAUAAUAAAUUAUAACUUGAUUUGAAUCAUAAUUUUUUAAAUUGCUAUUUCACAAGAUGCACCCAUGUACACUUACCGGUCAAAAGUUUGGGAUCAGUAAGAUCUGUAAUGUUUCUGAAAGAGGUCUCUUAUGCUCAUCAAGGCUGCAUUUAUUUGAUCAAAAAAAAAAAAAAAAGAAUCUUGCAAAAUGUUAUUAAAAUAUAGUUCAUUUCUGUGAUGCAAAGCUUAAUUUCCAUCAGCCAUUACUCCAGUAUAAUGUGUCACAUGAUCCUUCAGAAAUCAUUCUAAUAUGGUGAUUUAUUAUUAGAAUUAUUAACGUUAUUAACAGUUGUGCUGCCAAAUAUUCUUUUGGAAAGUGCAAUACUUUUUUCACGAUUCUUUGAUGAAUAAAAAGUUAAAAAGAACAGCA